AUGACCUACAUUUCUAACAAUAUUGACGUUGAGAGGGUCAUCAAUGAAAUACGGAAAAAGAAUCCAAGAGUGUUCAAUGUUGCAGAUGAAGAUAGACUACAGAGAAGAUUGCCAGGUGAGCAUAAAUUAGCAGAACUGAUUAGAAUACUCGAAGUACACGAUUACGGGUAUCAACUUCUUUACAAUGGCAUUGAACAAUGGAGUCGAACCUCCAAAGUAUUGGGAAGACUUGAUAAGGGAAUUGUUAAAAAGAAACCCAAAGAUGAGUCUCUAUUGGAAGGUAUGAGAGAUAUGUUUGCGAGUCAAGACGCACGAUUCAAAGAGGAAAUGAACCAGAUCAAAGAAGGACAGUCUACAAUCAAAUCGGAAAUCGGUGACGCCAGAAGAGAAUUAGUCUUAAAAACUGAUUCACUUUAUUCAGACAUUGCACAGCUGCGAACUAGUUUAUUUGACUUCAGGGACAAAGUGAACACUAAUCUCAAACUCCUGUCAAAUGAGAUAGUUGAAUUUAAAAAAUCCACAGAAAAAGACAAACGUGAAACUAAGAGCCUGGUCGAGAAUCUCGCCAAAAAGUUCGAAGAGCAACAAAAGCAACGAAAAGGAGAAAUCGAAAGUAUUACUUACAAACUCGCAGAACUAGAAAGGAGAAUCGGAAAUACAGAAACAGAACGUGGAGAUGGUAAUAUGACGGCGAUAUUUAACAAGGAGGAACAGAUAAGAAAAGAAAUUCAAGACAUGAAAACGAAUAUCCAAUACUACAUACAGGCAACAAACCAGAAACUGAAUUUAUUGGAGCAACGAAUGCAACGACAGGAAACACUUUCUCGCGAAGAUCAAGAAAUACAUAACAUUUGGCAACAUGCUACAUUUGUUUCUGAAUGUGGAGUUCGAAGGAUAAUGAACGACGAGCAAAAAAAGAUAGUGCGAGAUAAUUUGACGUUUAUUUCGGAAAACGUCAACAUAGACAAAGUUGUUGAUGAAAUACAGAAAAUAAAUCCCAAGGUAUUCAAUGCUGCAGAUAACGACAGAUUGCAGAGAAGAUUGCCAGGAGAACAUAAAUUGGCUGAGUUGAUCAGAAUACUCGAAGUGCGAGAGUAUGGAUUUCAACUCCUUUACAACGGCAUAAGAAAGUUAAGCGGACCAACCACAGUGCUAGGAAGACUCGAGAACGGAAUUGAAAAGAAGAAAACUCAAAAUAUUGCAGAUAGUGUUGCUGUCAAAGGCAAGCCAGUUAUUACUUACAACCGGCCUGUAAGGAAGAGUGAAAUAAGUGGAGCAGAAAUAAUGGAAGGAAUGGCACAAAUGUUUGCAGCCCAGAGGUCACAAUUCAAGGACGAUAUUGCAGAGAUCAAAGCAGACAUUCAAUCAGACAUUGGAGAUGCGAAACAAGACCUAAUCACUAAGAAUGAUUCAUUGCUUUCCGAUAUUGGGAUAUUGCGUAAAACUUUAUUUGACUUCAGGGACAAAGUUGAUAGGAAUAUCCUUCUUUUAUCGCAACAGUUAGUUCAAUUCAAAGAAACUGCGGAGAAAGACAAAGAUGAAAUGAAGGCUCUUGUAGAAGAUCUAACAAAACGCUUCAAAGAGCAACAAGAGGAAGGAAAGAAAGAAAUUGAAUUUUUAACAAAUAAGCUGUUGAAAAUCGAAAAACAGAUGGGAAUGGCGGAGUCAAUACAAAAUCAAAGUGGUGAGGGUAACAUAGCAGCAAUAUUUAACAGAGAAGGGCAAAUUAGGAAAGAGAUACAAGAUUUAAAGUCAAAUAUGCGUUAUUAUAUGCAGGCAACAAACCAGAAAUUGAACUCCCUAGAGCAAAGAAUGCAGAAACAAGAGACGCUUAGUCAGGAAAAUCAAGCUAUGUCACCAAUAAUACAUAUUAUUGUACAAUUGCAAGGUGCUGCCAAGAGAGAUUCUGAUGAUUCCGGAACUGAAGAUGGUGCGUAUGGCCCGUGA